AUGCUGGGUAUUGCAAUUGGUUUCCGGCAUACCCAGAUUGUGGAACUCUUUCUCGAAAGAGGUGCCAGUUUGAAGCUGUAUCCAUUGCUGCCUCAGCCCAAGAUGAUCUGCAUUAUACCUUACUGUAACCUUGAAUCGCUCAAACUCAUUGUGGAUAAGGUCGAUUUGAGUCAUAUAUGUGGCGAUGGUGGAUCUGUGCUGCAUCAAGCUAUAGGGAAUAAUGAUCCAGAUGUGCUAGAGCUUUUGGUGGAAAAGUAUGCCCAUCUGCUCUCUCUGCAGGACUUUAAAGGCGAAACGGCUCUUUUUCGAGCGGCUCGACUCUGGGAGAACCGGAAUCGUCAGGCCGCUAUGGUUCGCAUACUGGUUGAGGCCGGCAUUGAUUUGAACAUCAAAAACGCUCAGAAUGAGACUGCCUUCCAUAAAGCUUGCUCUCAUGGCUCCUAUGAGGUUGUCCAGUUUCUCUUAGAGCGCGGAAUCGAGACAAACAUCCCAGGGGAAAGUGGAAUGACCGAGCUACACUACGCAGCCCGAGACAAUUUGACUGAAGUUGUAAAUCUUCUACUUUCUCAAGACACAUUCAAUAUUCAUGUAUUCGCUAAUAAUGGCGAAACGCCGCUGCACAUGGCAGCAAGACAGUCGACACCCGAUACUUUUGCGGUGCUGCUUGAGAACGGGGCAAUUUUACGCCUUAGAGACGCCAAUGGCCAAACACCUCUGGACAUCAUCAAGGCCAUGGGCCAUUGGAGCAUUGAGAGAUACCUCCAAUAUGAAGACGACAAUUGA